AUGGCGCUGUGGUUGGUGUGGCUUUGGAGUCAGACGCAUUGACAGACUUUUUAUUCUCUUCAGGUCGCUGGGCAAAAAGCAUGAAGGAUGUAGGAGUUUAGAAGUUUAAAUUUUUAUUGCUGCAUGUAACGCUUUCUGACUUAUAUCAUUAAGGCUAUAAUUGUGGUGGGAAAAAUUUUAAAAGAAAAAUUUAAAUUAAAUUAUAAAAUGAGCAAAAGAAUGCGGAAAAGUGAAUCGAUGCUAACAGAUCGGCGGUUUUCCCUGGGGAUUAUAAAGUGAUGUAAGUUUUCAACGCAUACUGUUGGAGAUAUUAAAUUUUUAAAUUUAAACGCUAGUGAAAAGUUGAGUUCUUACCUUUUUUAUUAAAUUUACUAAGUUGACAAUUUUUAAGAUUCUAGAUUAGAUUAAUCAUUAGCUGUAUUUUAAUCAAAUUACUAAAAAGAUUAAACGUUAAGACUUUUGACAUCUCUGAAUUGACAUUUUAAAUUUUAGAAAAAAAGAACAUGCGUUAAUUUUUUUUCGCCGUCUCAUCGUUUUCCUAGUCUUCCUUUCAAUCUUUUCUUCAAAUCGGGCUUUGGUCCUAAAUCAGAGAAACGACAGGAGUUUAUUCAUUGGCUUUUUUGAGGAAUUUUCUUGUGCCUUUAUCAUUUUUAUUGUCGUUAAUUUUAUUCUUGUAUUAGAAUAUAUUUAUACUUGCUGCCUUAUUUGCUUAAGUUUUUACGAUUUUGAUUAUAUAAAUUACUUUUACAAUUAUAUGUAUUAAAUUUUAUUUAAACUUUUUACUUAAUAAUACUUUUAGAAAAGAAGUAGCACAAACAUUUUCAAUAAUAAAAGUUUUUUGGAACAUUACCCUACUGUUGCCGAUGUAUUAAAAAAUAGCAAUCAACAAAAGAGUUUAGAUCUGCCCUGUUUAGAAUACUUAACUGGGAAUUUAUCAAGCUCUCGGCCACAACAAAACAACGACUUAAUUAUUGAAUCAUUAACUACAAAUACCUAUAGAAACAGUAACAUACAGCAAAGAAGGGAUUUCAAUAAAUUGGUACAUUCAACGUCAGCUGAAAAGGAGAAGCAGUUAUAUUCUAAUAUAAAAACCUCUUUACUCGAUACAAUUGGCUUAAAACGUCAAGCUAAUCAACAUUAUACGAAAUCAUUCAACAACUCAACAAACCUUAUAGUACCAGAGAAUCCUGACCAUAAAAAUUCGUCUUUGCGUCGUCUGAAACGGCUUAGCUUCUCAGGACGUCGCAACACAGCGAAGCAACAGUCCGCGACGAAUGCUCUCGGCACCAUCACUGCUGGAAGGUGUCCGAGCUCGUGGGCAACAGUCGGACCACAACACGCAAACCAAAAACAAUUAACUGGUCGUAAGUAAUUUUUUAAUUUAUUUUAUUAAAUGUAAUCAUAAAUUUUAAUGUUCUUAUAGUGAAGACUUCUUUCUUGUAUUAUUUUUUUACCUUACAAAAUGGCAAAUAAGUUAAAAAAUUGAAUUAAUUAUAGAAGGGAGCUUUUAUAAAAGCAGUACGUUGCACGUUACCUCUGAAAAAGAAAACAUUUCGCCGCAGUCCAUGCCGGAUUCGGCACAAGACGAUCAAAAAGUUGAUCUUGAGAAACUUCUCAAGUCGGAAACAGCCCGUGCCCCAUUUCAAGUAAGUGCCAUUUAAAAAGGUGUUUAAAAAACUUUUUACAUGUAUAUAAUUAUUUAUUAUUAUUUUUUUUAAUUUAACUAAUUUUUACGUAACACAAAAAUCGAAAUAAAUUUUAUAUAAUUACAUUUAGCACUUUCUCCAACAACAAUUCUGCAUAGAGAAUUUAAAUUUUUAUCUCGCCGUUGAAGAUUAUCGUACUGUUCAUGAUGUCAACGUGAGUUUUAUUUUUUAAAUUCAUAUAAAUUUUGUAUAGAAAAGAAGCGAUUUGGCCCGACAAAUUUAUGAACGUCAUUUUACCCCAAACUCAGUUGAACCUGUCAAUAUUGACAAUGCAACAGCUAAAGGCAUUAUUGAGUGUAUUCAAAAAGAAAACUACGCGGAAGAUAUGUACGAUGUUGCUCAAUACCAGGUAUGUCAACUUGCCUUACUUUUUUCUUAUCAUAUUUUAAUUAAGUAGUUUUAAACUAAUUGUAAAUGCAAAUUUUUGGAUAAGUUUAGAUCUAUCUUUAUUCAUAGUAGUUGAAAAAAUAGUUUAGAUAUUUCAUCUUCUAAAAUAUGACUGCUGGCCACGUUACCUUAACUCAGGAGGCAAACCCCUCGGUGCCAAAGAAGUAAAUGACUACAAAAAAGGUAAAUUGUUGUAACUUUAUAACAUUACUUUAAUAACGUUUUUAGUGUUAAAAAAUUAAAUAAUUAAACGUUUAGAUCAAAUUUAAGUUUUUAAAUAACUUUUAUUUUCAUUUUAGAAGGUGAAGGUAGUAUUCGUAAAACGGGACCGCAACCGGGCUCAGUUUCUGCCCGAUCUACAAACUCUGCCCAACUUAAUGCAGACAAAAGAGAAAAAAGGAAAUCGUUUUUUCGCUUUUUGCGGCGGAAUAAAGAAUCUAGUCAGGACCACAGUUCGGAAUCGUGCGGUCCUUGCACAUCUGCACAAUGUCAGGCUCUGUCUGGCGGAAUCUACGGAGAAUCCGAGCCUUAUUCUGCAACUGUUAAUGAGAUUAGUUUAUCAAUGUCACCUGCCGCUACGAAACGCCGAAUGACUAGGGAACGGUCUGUUCCCGCACCAACUAAUCGUUCUACAGUCCCACCCAACAGCGGAGGAACCAGUACGAAUAUUGAGGAUGUAUCAACACGAGUGUACGCUUCACAUGAAUCGUUAGAAACGGGCUUGGCUUCAGUGUCUCCAGUAUUAGAAACAGUGCGAAAAACCUCUAGUGAAAGCGCUUCUACGACGCCUUUACCAUCUGAAACGCUUGCGGUUAGUAACAGUAUUAAUUUACCGUCAAAAACAGCAAGCGUUAAAAAGAACAGUCAAAAUGAAGGUACACACAUAGCCUCAUUGUUGCACGAUGAAAAAGAAGUAAGUUUUGAUUAGUGUAAAGAAUAUUAUUUUGUUUUACAUAGUUUAAUAAUAUAUUUUAUGUUAAUUUUUUUAGUAAUAUUAUAAUAUUUUCUUUGCUUAAACAAAGCCGCUUUCAAAAAAACGAUCAAAGGUUUUAGCCGUGCUCGAGCUGUUCAAACAAUGCGACCAGGGUAUUGGCAACCAAUAAUAAAAGCUCAUUAUAUAAAAAUACGGGUAUUUUGUCUUCCGUGUCGACAGCGUCAGACGUAUGUUUUACGCGACUACCCAUUUUGUACAGUUCGGCAGUACGUAGCGAUAGAGAAACGCUUACACCGCCAUCUGACAGUCACAGUGGCGGACUGCAAUGGCAAAAAGCUGAUUACGUGUGA